AUGCAUCUACAUAUAACACAAUUCUAUACCCACUUGACACAAUCCCCUCAAGCUCACAUUCAUUCCUCAAAAACCAUCACAACACCGAAGCCCCAAAAACAGAAAAACAAACCAAUCAAACAAACUCAAACACAAAAACAUAACCAUGGUUCUAUCAUCACAAUCCCAAACAGAACUCCCCUUAAACGAAAACGAUUCACAAGACAUGGUAAUAUACCAAGUCCUAACCGAGGCCAACACUCUAACCAACACAUUUCUCCCACAAAGAAACCACCACAAUCAUCAACCUCUUACUGCCUUAGAGCCCACGAAAGCUAUCACCAAGAAGCACUACAGAGGCGUCCGGCGUCGGCCGUGGGGGAAAUACGCGGCCGAGAUUCGCGACUCGGCUCGUCAUGGAACCAGAGUCUGGCUUGGAACUUUUCAAACGGCUGAAGAAGCUGCUAUGGCUUAUGAUAGAGCAGCUUUCGAAAUGAGAGGUUCGAAGGCCUUGCUUAAUUUUCCAGCUGAAACUGUUGCUGCAGCUUCCAUGAAAAUGGAGUUUCCUAGUUCUAAACUCAACUUGAAUAAUCAUAAUCAUAAUGAUCAUUCAUCACAAAGUUGAAUUCGGUUUUCUUUGUAUUUAUAAUUAUAAGAUCAUAAAUAUGUUAUAAAGGUUCUUGAUUUUUUUCCUAUCUUUUUGUCAUGUUUUUUGUUUUGUUUAAUGUUAGUGUUUUUUUUUUUUUUUGUUGUUAAUUGUGUCUCUCAUGCGUCCUUCCACCUUCUCUGUAAACAAAUAUCGUAUUUUACUGGUGGUUAUGCUGGAUUUCUCGUAACUGUGAUCGAA